UGUUUCCGUCCAGUCAACACGGCAUAGGUCUUUCAGUGCAUUGAAAUGUCAGCCAAAAGCCUCGGAAAGCUGGACGUUCAAAACGGAGAAACGUGAAGGAAUGGCCUAUGAAUCCUGUAAAUGUUAAAUGCGUGCCCGAACGGACUAAAACUAUUACUUGUAAAUUGAAAUUGAAAUAGCAGCAGCAGGAGUGGACCAAAAUGCAGGCUUCUAAGGGCGAGCAAGGAGCUGAAGUAUCCGCUACUCGUCCUCCACUGCCACCUCCAAAUUUCGCCUCAGCUCCCCAACAAUAUGUCCACCCGCUAGCGCCUCAGCCAUAUCCUCAACAAGGCGGCCCUCUUCGUCCCACAGAGUGGUCCUCUGGUCUCUGCGCCUGCUGUGCAGAUCCAUCCGUUUGCUGCCUCACAUGCUGGUGCCCCUGCAUCACAUUUGGGCAGAUAGCGGAGAUAGUGGAUGAGGGUUCUUCCUCGUGCUGUGUAAGCGGAGGGAUCUAUGGCGCGCUGCUAUAUUUGACCGGGCUAGCGUGCUGCUAUUCGUGCUUGUACAGAACAAAGAUUAGGGCCAAAUUCAACUUGUCCGAUAUCCCCUGCGCAGAUUGUCUGGUCCAUUGUUGCUGCGAAUCCUGCGCGCUGUGCCAGGAAUAUAGAGAACUCAAACACACAGGAUUUCAUCCUGCACUGGGCUGGGAAGGGAACCUGCGAAAAGAACAGGAAGGGACGGGGAUUGCCAUGGCAGCACCUGCGUAUCCCGCCAUGGCAAGAUGAUCCCAACGCUCAUGCCUUUUGUGUUUCUGCAUCUCGGAGUUUUAAUGGCCGUCAUCAAUAAUUUUAUCUGGAUUGGAUUGGAUUUAGUUAGGGGGAUAUUAGUUAUGGCCAAGAUUUUAUCUGUAAGUGCCCUUCUGGCAAGAGGGUUAAUAAUUCUGUCGUCAAAAUGAUCGAGUGGAAGGAACAAUAAUCUCAUAUUAAAUGUAGUUGAUCUGUGGUGUCUACAUAUU